ACAAGGAUAAGCGUCACUGAGCAUUACAACUGAUCAAUCCGAUCUGGUGGGUGCGGUGAAAAUCAAAACGAGCUGAUCAAAGCAAAGCUACUCGUGGUCGGGGAAGCAAGCUAUAGUUUGAGUGUCCGGUGGAAAGAAAGUUCAGCAAAGUACCAGACGCGGAAACACUCAGCCAUGUCUGGAAAAAACCCAUCAAUUUCAAAUUUUGACGACAUCCUGACAAGUGUGAGUUCGUUUGGAUACUUGCAGAGAAUAAUUUACCUCGCGACUUGCUGCCUCGUGAUUAUUCCUUCCUGUUUACAAGUGAUAGGACUUGUUUUCUUUGCUGGUACACCGAAAUUCCAUUGUGUGACCCCCAACGUGUCAUGCGCAGACAGCAAAUGUUGUACCAAUUGUACAGACUAUGUUUUUGAUGGUCCUUUUACAAGUAGCGUCAGUGAGUGGAACCUGAUUUGUGACAAGGCUUAUGUUGGAGCCAAUGUGCAGGCAGUGUUCUCAGCAGGGAUGCUCAUAGGAUCGCUCUUGUUCGGAGCAACUUCGGAUUUCUUCGGGCGUCGGUUCUGUAUCUACAUAUGUGCUGCAUUAUUGGCCAUUACCAGCCUUGGGUCAGGAGUUGUUGAUUGCUUGUCCUUCUUUGCCUUUCUCCGUUUCUUCGCCGCAGCUUUUGCGGUUGGCUUCUUCGUCGCCCAUUAUGUCUAUGUUCUCGAACUGGUCGGCCCUUAACACCGAACCUUCGCUGACAAAAUCCAGAGUUUGUUUUGGUGUAUAGGGGCAGGGCUGAUUGCAUUACUUGGUUACCUCAUCCCGCACUGGAGAACCCUGCUUGUUAUCUGCAGUUUCCCGCCACUUCUGAUCUUUACGAUUUACGCUAUCUUUCCAGAAUCUGCGCGGUGGUUGGCUGCACAAGGUCACCUAACCCAAGCGCAAGCUGUUUUGAUGAGGUUCGCUGGCAAGGGGUCCUCAUCAAUAGACUCAGAUGCCUUGAAACACAAGCUGGCUGAGUAUCAUGAGGGUGAGGUGGAAUCAAAAACAAUUGCUUAUUUGACUAAGAAUCAGUCCUACCUGGAGUUGCUUCGUUCCCCCCGAUUGAGGAAGAGGACCGUCAUCCUUUGCUUCAACUGGCUGGUUAUAAGCAUGGUGUACUAUGGCUUCUUGCUGUACGUGACUCGUUUGGACGGCAAUCCAUAUCUGAACUUGUUUCUUAUGUACCUGUCAGACGUGCCGACACACCUUAUCAAUUGGGUGAUCUUGCAGAAAUUUGGACGCCGCAUUCCCUAUUCUGCGAUAAUGGUUAUUGGAGGUUUUAUCUGCCUUCUUGUUUUGGCUGUUCCAGAAGAGCAGAAAGGUGCUAUAACAGCCUUGGCGUUCAUCGGUCGUUUCAUGAUAAGUGGAUCAUUCUCGAACGUUUACCUGUAUUCCACUGAACUAUAUCCCACCAUACUGAGGAACCAAGGAAUUGGUAUUUGCUCCACUAGUGCUCGCGUGGGAUCUCUUAUUGCACCAUACAUUGUGAUGCUGGCUCAGUUGCCAGAAGUGAGCGCUACCCUGCCUAUGGUUGUCUUUGGUUCACUGGCUGUAGCCGCUGGCCUUCUCGCACUGUUUCUUCCCGAGACUUUGAUGAGCAACAUGGCUCAAACCGUGGAAGAAAUCAACAAAAAUAAAGAGUUCUACGGUAUGGUGUGCAUGGGAAAACCCCGUCCAUGUCCCCUUCCUUGUCCCUGCUGCAGCUCUGAAGGGUCUGGUAACGAUCCUAGCUCAGUCCCCUUCCAAAUUUAAAUGGACAACGAAGAUGACCAGGCAAAAAUCUAAAGCACAAGACGGAGACGUUGUUGCAAUGAAGUGUUCAGCGAUUGUCGUUAACGUCAAAGCAACAGCCAUGUAGCUAGGAUCACGGAUGAUGUCGUUCAUUUGAAUUAAUUUGCAAUUUCAAUACCGUUAUCACCACAUUAUUGGCUAGAGUUUUCAUAAUAAGUCCUUUUAUAUUCAAUUGCAUAUAUCCUAAUAAUGGUUUUAUAAGCUUAAGAAAAAGAAAACUUGAGCAUAGCUUAACAUAAUUCGUGUCGUGUAAUAAACGUCACCCCGAGGCAAAUUUGAGUGCGAUCGAGCCGGUGCCCGUCAUGGUCCAUGGGAAUUUUUUAAAGCUAAAGAACAAUUUUUAACGAAUGGUCAAACUCUGAGGUUUCUUAAAACCAUCGCUAAAGUAGUUUCUCAAUGAGAUCCCGUCCAUAAAAUACGUUAACCGGCGGGGGAUAGCCCGUCCAUAAACAAAAGGUAGGGUAGCCUUUUCAAAAAUGUAGGAGCUUGAAAGUUGCCAUUUGGGUGUGGAAGAAAUGAUAAAAACUAAAAGAAGAUAUCCCUUCUAAGAAAGAUAUCCGUAUAUUUUUGGAUAAGGCCUAACCGAAUUUAUCGCACCCUAUAUGAGUCUGUUGUAAACCACUUUUUAGUGAAAAAGUUUCCUCAUUAAAGAUUGUCAUCAUCAGAUGUAGGUACUUUGUAACGGUUCAUGAAACGAAAUUGGAAUAUUUUGUAGGUAGAAUAAAACAGAUUUAUUUCUGGA